AUGGACUCGGCGGAGUUUCACGCACAAGUGUAUCGUAUCGUCCGAUUGAUCCCUUUCGGGAGGGUCACUUCCUACGGUCAUAUUGCCCUUUUGGUGGGGUUGCCUAGGCACGCUAGACAUGUAGGAAAUGCAUUGAAAUGGUUAGGUCCGGGAACGGACGUUCCAUGGCAUCGAGUGAUCGCUUCAUCAGGACAAAUAUCCUCUCGAGGGCCUGGUACAAAUGGAGCCGCUCAUCAACGAGACGCACUGGUGGAGGAAGAUGUUGAAGUGGAUGAAGUGGUGGGAGGGACGUUUAGGGUUAGUUUGGCGAGGUAUGGAUGGUUUCCGAGU